AUGCUGGCCGCAGUACGCGCACUGGUGCGGCCGCGGCGGCAAAUCGCUCUAGUCUCGCGCCUUGAACGCGCGCCGCCUCAGUCGUCACGAUGGCUCACCAAGAGCGCGGCCGAGGAUUCGCAAGCACCAAAAUUAAAGUACCCCGAUCCCCCGACAACCAAUCACUCGGAUCUCGGUACCUUCAGGGCCUACGCCCGUCGGACGGGCCUGGACGAAAAGUCUACCGUCUAUGUCGGCACCCACUACGAAUACAAAGUAUCUGGUGCCCUCUCCAGGUACGGCUUCUUCUUGAAACGGAUUGGCGGCUCGUCAGACCACGGCACAGACUUGGUAGGGACGUGGACGCUUCCAUCGUCGUCGUCGUCGUCAUCUCGUACGGCGCCGUUCAAGGUUCUCGUGCAGUGCAAAGCUGGCACCCAGCGCGUCGGUCCGCAGCACAUACGAGAACUAGAAGGCGCCUUUGUCGGCGCACCUGUUGGAUGGAGAGGAACGGGAGUCUUGGGCCUGCUCGCGUGUGAGCGGGCCGCGACUAGGGGGGUUCGCGACUCGCUGGGGAGAAGCAAGUGGCCCAUGGUGUACAUUUGCUGCUCGAAAGAGGGCGUCGUGUCACAGAUGAUCUGGAAUCAGUGCGUCGAGGAGCUGGGUCUUGAUGGGUAUGGAGUCUCUGUGAGGCGUGGCGACGACCGAGAUGAGUUGGUGAUGAUGCACAACGGCGCCGUGGUGCCCUUUUUUGUCCGAGGACAAGUAAAUAUGGCUGGGGUCGAGAUGUAA